GCGCGACGCGCUCCGGCGGCAGGACGGCCUCCCUCAGCCCUCGCAGGCGCCGCGAGCCGCCGCCGGGACGCCCCGAAGUCCCGCGCUGAGGAACCCACCCGGUCGCCUGGAUUCGCUCUCGCAGCGACUGUGUGCAUAGGGCGAGCGGUUACUAGAUGUCGGGGUAACUCCGGGUCCCGCGUGCAGAGGCGGUGGGAGGCCGAGUGGCCGGGAUCGGAGCGGGUGCCUUGACCCCCGGAUAUGUGAGGAAAAGUGGGAAACGGAAGCCCUGGGAGCCAGACUCCAGUAGGCCUGGGAACAUCCUGGAGCCAGGAGAAACCUGAUUAGGCUGACACCCAUGACUGCCCGGGUUCUGGCUCCGAGAGCGUGAACAUCUUAGGACACGCUGUGUGAGGAUAAGUCCCCACCCCCUUGUUGCUGAGAUUUUUGCCAGCACUUCCACAGGUUUUCUGUCAGUGGCCUGGAGAGGCUCACAGCGAGCCCUGUAGGCUCCACAGAAAGAAACUUCCCAUCCAGGGACGGUGCUGCUGGGGAGAUGGACAAAUGAGUCUGAGACAGGUGUCCAGACAUUAACUGUAGGUAAAGCCCUGAGGGAGGAGUUCAAAGGGAGCUUGAGAAACAAAGAAGACCUCCAGUGAAGAGAGGGGAAUUAGUGCCUUAUAUGUUAAAAGCGAAGCAAACACAGGGGUUGGAAAUCAGAAGAGAGCGCUAAAAUGGAAGUUUCCCUUUAUUGCUUUACUGGGAAUUUUCCUUUCUCAUGAGAAGUCUCUGAAAAGGAAACCUCCUAAGCUGGGAAUCAGUCCAGGAGGCUCCCAUGAGGCCCCGAGACUUCUCUGGACUUCUGAGAUGAAAGCAUAAUUUGUUCCCUUCCUGUGCAUUGGGCUUAGGGUUGCCACCUACCUCUUUUUGUCAAAGACAAAUAGGCAAGAAAAUCAACAACUUGACAUCGGUCAUUAACCUGUCGUGGGCUUCUGGGUUCUUGCAAGUGUUACUGAAUAGAUAUGAGUGAGCCAGGAUAGUUAACCAAGGUUCUGACUUGUUUUUGGAAGGCUUUCACUAGCUCUGACUGCUUGAGUACUGAAUAAAAAUCACACGCGCGCGCACACACACACACACACACACACACACACACAAAAGAUGUUGCCAAGCAGAAAGGACUCUGUGCAGUCUCAUAGACUGUUUCUCUGCCAGAAGUCAAGGAAGUCCCCUUGUCACAACACAUGAGACCUGUUCUGACUCCAAGAUGUCCGGAGAAAAAAAAAGCCCACAACCUGGUCCCGUGCACUACAGGAUUAUUGUCACAAUUUGGGUUUGCAGCAAAAAUGCUUUCAGAACAGACAGCAGUCCUGGGUACAGGAUGGGAGUCAAUGAAUGUCCAGCUGGAUGGAGCAGAGCCUCAGGUGGAAAGGGGAAGCCAAGAAGAGGGGCCAUGGAGAACAGCACCAGGGCCACUGGAGCACCUGUGCUGUGACCUUGAAGAGGAUCCACAGUCCCUUCAGGAGAAGGCUCAGUCAGCUCCCUGGGUUCCUGCCAUUCCCCAGGAGGGGAGCACCGGAGAUUGGGAGAUGGCAGCUGCACUUCUUGCAGCAGGAUCACAGGGCCUGGUAACCAUCAAGGAUGUGUCCUUGUGCUUCUCUCAGGAAGAAUGGCGGAGCCUGGACCCUUCUCAGACAGACUUUUAUGGAGAAUAUGUCAUGCAGGAAAACUGUGGGAUAGUGGUCUCUCUAAGAUUUCCAAUUCCCAAACUGGACAUGCUUUCUCAACUAGAAGGAGGGGAAGAACAAUGGGUCCCUGACCCCCAGGACUUGGAGGAGAGGGACAUCCUAAGGGUCACAUACACAGGAGAUGGAAGUGAGCACGAGGGUGAUACCCCUGAACUAGAAGCAGAACCUCCCAGAAUGUUAUCUAGUGUGUCUGAAGAUACUGUUCUCUGGAACCCAGAGCAGGAUGAGAGCUGGGAUUCCAUGCCCAGGGGCUCCAGAGGAAUGCUCCUGGGCCCACCUUUUCUUCAGGAAGAUAGCUUCUCAAACCUUCUAUGUAGCACAGAGAUGGAUUCCCUGUUAAGACCUCACACAUGCCCCCAGUGUGGGAAACAGUUUGUGUGGGGCUCCCACCUUGCCAGGCACCAGCAAACACACACUGGGGAGCGGCCCUAUAGCUGCCUCAAGUGUGAAAAGAGCUUCGGGCGAAGACACCAUCUGAUCCGGCACCAGAAAACACACCUACACGACAAGCCCAGCAGGUGCUCUGAGUGUGGCAAGAAUUUCCGAUGCAACUCCCAUCUGGCCAGCCACCAGAGAGUGCAUGCGGAAGGCAAGUCCUGCAAGGGCCAAGAGGUUGGAGAGAGCCCGGGGGCUAGGAAACGGCAGCGUGCCCCCCCAGUGCCAAAGUGCCAUGUGUGCACUGAGUGUGGGAAGAGCUUUGGCCGACGGCACCACCUGGUGAGACACUGGCUGACCCAUACUGGGGAGAAGCCCUUCCAGUGCCCUCGCUGUGAAAAGAGCUUUGGCCGUAAACAUCACCUGGACAGGCACCUGCUGACCCACCAGGGACAAAGUCCCCGGAGCAGCUGGGACAGAGGGACAUCUAUCUUUUGAAAUCUGUUUCUGCUGCAGCUGUGGUCACAUCUAUCAGCAGCUGGUGCUACCAGGAGUCUCUGCCAGAACUGCCCCUCUCCUGCACCCCAGUGGCCAGAAUCAUGAACCCUGGCUCCAUCCUUAGAAAGAUGAGGUUCCAACAUUGGCCAAACAUUUCUCACCAGUUCUAUGAGAUUCCACAUAAAAUGGAGUUCUUUGGGCAAAACUUUUAGGAAACGAUGCUGAUAUUCAGCCAAAGCCCAUUCUCAAGGGUACUACUUGAGAAUCAGCAGUUUAUGGCUGCGGUCCAUCCUGAGUGGUUGGAGCCUAUGCUCUACCAGUUGAAUAUUUGAAUAACACCUUUGUAUACUGUAACUAUUAUAUCCUCUCUGUAUAUAGAGAGAAAGACCAUAUUAGCAUAUUGAAGGCUCUGAGAACGUAUGUGUGCAAAGACUUGUCAGGCCUCUUUUACUGCAGUGUUUCCUAAAUGUGUUUGACCUCAGAGUCCUUGCUAUCUCACCUCCCGCAGAACUGGUGACUCCAUGAAACACACUGGUGAACACUGGGUUAGGGAGUAAUGAGGAAACGGGAAAGAGAUAGUGAUCAGGCACCCAGAGUCCUCCUUUUUUAUCCAGAUGAAAGCUGAGGGGCAGACCUCAUUCCUGUGUGGGUCUAUCAUCCUUACCCUGAUCAUCCAAAUAUACAUCACACCUCUUACCCCCACCUAUUGAAAAAUAGAAACAAGAACGUUUUCACUCCCUUAUUCAGACUCCCUUCAUCUUCCUCAUACAUAUAUCCAGCUGAGGGAUCACGCUACAAUGCUGAGAUGGACUUACACUCCCAAAGGAACCCAGGCCCACACGGAAGAAAAAAACUUUAUCCCCUUGAACAGACCCCUCUCCUCUUGACUGUGUCUUUAUGUGUCUAUGUGUAUCUGUGUGCAGGGUCUUUGAAGAGAGCAUGCAAUGUGCAAACUGUACAAGCUAGAUUUUCUAGGGGCUGUUUUCUGGGGGUGAGGGUAGUAGGGAUUGUAUGGGAUUUUUUUGUUUUGUUUCAAGAUAGGAAGUAAGCUGAGCGAUUAAGGGAGCCCUCAUGGAAAGGAUUAAGUGAUGGGUUAAGUUGUGGGAGUUGAGGUAUAAAGCUUUCCCCUGUAUUGCUGAGAUCAAGACAACUGUGGAUAUAUAUGUAUAGGUCUGAAUCUCUGGGCCACAGAUUCUUUUUGCCUAGGAGGAGAAAGACAGACACAUCCUCAGUGAGGUGAGCUGUUUCUUGUUGAUUUCAAGUAAGGUGCAUAUAGAAGCUUUGUGCUGAGUGGGUUUCUUUGUCUUGUUUUAGUGCUGGAAAAUUAGGACAGGAAUCACAGUGCUUGCAGGUUGUUGUCAUCACUCUUAUUUGACCUUGAUUGCCUCAUCAAGGAGACAGUUUUUCUUAAGGAUCUCAUUCUCCCAGAAACGGAAUGUUAGGGAAAAUGGCUAUGGUUCAGCUUUUCAGCCGAUGUGGUGGGGAGGUAGUGCAUUGGGUUUUCUUCCCAGUUCUGGGAAGGUAUCCACACUAAGACUCUUAACUCCAGGACUUGCCUAAGUAUUCUAGCAUCUAUUGGUUGAUGAGUUGGUCAUUGUUUUGCCUUAUUGAUAAUGUGUUAAUACCAAUCAUAUAAUUUAAAAAUUAUCUUGUAUGUAAGAGCAGUUUGGGGUUAGGAAGGAGAGGAGCAAAGCAGAUAAAAGUGGGAUAAUUUCUCUUUAAUGCUUACAUUCUGGUUUUUCCUUAACAUACUUAUUUCUUAACCACAAUUUGGUGGAAUUAACCAGAGAGGCAAAAGGAAGUAAGCUGCAACAAUCUAGUUUAGUGAUUAUCCCAUUUGCUUAGGAAAAACUGGGUGAACCACAGCUCCUCAGAGUUCUGGACCUAAAUAGAGCUGAAAAUAGGGUCAUUUUGUUGACCGGGCUUCUUAGAGUGGAUAUGAGUUGAGCAACCCAGCUGCCACCUCCCUUUUGCCACACAGAGGAGCCUUUCUUCUUUGCCUGGGAUGCACUUCUCUUGCUUAAGUUCCUACGAAUAGAGCAAAAUGGCCAGCCCUUUUUAAGGUCCUCAGAAAUAGGAGCAUUUUAGGAUUAAUAUUAGGAGGUACCCCAGGGAAUAGGAGAGUAUUGGAUUCCAGUGGUAAAACUGGACUAUGCCAUUUCUUUUACCCUCCCACUAUGCCUCAUUCAUUAAUGCAGAUCAGCUCUAUGUAAGCAGGGGUUCAGAACCUGUUUUAGAUCAGAGACCCUUAUGAGACUCUGAUAAAAAUCAGAAGCUCACUUUUAAGAAAAACGGGCAUUAGAAAUUCACUCUGUUUUAUAUACACAUUUAGCAGGUUCAGAGCCCAUCCAUGGAAUCACUAAACCAGGGUCAUAGGGAGUUACGCUGACCCAACAUGGUCAUUUAUACAUUUGUGUCAAAAAUUACAAGGCAAGGAUCACUAAAUAUUUUAAGGACUAAGAUAUCAGAGGCAGUAGGGUAUAAAGACAGAGUCUAGUCUUUAAUGACUAGGAGAGUAUUGCUGACAUUCUACUCUGUUUUUUGUUGUUUUUUUUUUUUUUUUAAAGAUGACAUGCUGACAAAUUGAGCUCCUCACAAACCUUGUUUUAAAGACUUGUGGGAAGUGACUCUCUGUACUGUCAGAUCACACAUCUUAAUAACCAAAUGUUAACCUCCAGCAAUUGGUCUGUUUUAGUAAUUAUAAGGAUAGCAAGAGAAGUCCCCAAAGUCUGGGUGCAGCCAUCCAGACGAAAGGCAUGAUAGAGUCUAAGAGCUUUCUGCAGAAAGGACAUCCCUUUAGGUCAUUUCUGGUACACCACUGUCUUCUCUACCUCGGUCCAACACCACUUCCCUUGGACGAAAAAUAAAAUAAGCAACAGCCAUUAGAUGGGUGAAUAGAUUUGGAAGAUUUUUCCCACAGGGAAUCAGCUUCAAACUCCCAUCUUUCUCCUAGCUGGCUUUGCCACAUGUCCACCCUAUCCCCUUUAAAUAAAAACAAAAAAACAAAAAACAAAAAACCAAACA